UUUUUAUAUAUGAAAUUUGGACGUCCCGUGGCUGCAUCAAAGGGCAGCAUAUUCCUCAACGACCUCCUCUUCCCUUUCCUCCUAAUCCAGACUCCGACCGCAUCUCGUCUUACAUAAUCCACCGCUCCUCCUCCUCCUUCGCCACCACCUUCCUCAUCUCCUUGUCACUCAUGGCGUCCGUCACCGCCGUCGCCACUAAGAAGACGCUGCUCGCCGAGGACGUUCCCUGGAGGGCCUCCCCCACCGGAAGAAAGCCCAUCCCUAAAAUCCACCUCAAUCCCGUCCUCCGCGUCCAACCCAAUUCCAAUUCUAACUACGCCCUCGCCGUCAUGAAGCAUCCGGAUCCCAUAGGCGGCGGGUUCGCCACGGAGGCCAGGCUGGAAGCUGCGGGGUCGGACUGCAUCGUCCCGGGGCUCGCUACUCCGGUGAAAUUACUUGGAUUGAAGGUCUGGCCUAUAGAUAUUGACUUUAAAUUUGUGGAACCUGUUGGAAGGGAACUUCAAGCUCUUGGAAAGUUUAUGGAUUCAGCACUUAACCUCAUGAAUGCAUCAUUUCAAGAUCGCUAGCCCAAGUGCCAUGGUGACUCCUUAUUGGAUCAAAACUUUUGUGAUCUAUGAUGACAUCUCCUUUGUGAUCUGUCUGCUUGUCACGCUGGGAUGUAAGAGCUUCAAAAGUUCAAGAGAUAUGUAAUGUUUGUGGUUAUUUGUAUAAUGCUGCGAGAACAUUCAAAAACUCGUUUCUUCAAUAAAACUCACAUAGUUGUCAUGA